CUUUGAUUUCCAGUACCCUAAUCGUCUAUAUUUUAUUCCAUGUAUUACUAUAGCAACGGCUAUACGCAUGGAUGCAUGACCUGAUGCGACUUGGACUGGGAUAUAAUGCUUCAACGACAAGUUACGUAAAUUUGUUCGGACUGGCCUGAACUUGUACCAGCUGAGCUUACCGCAACAACCAAAACGGCUUCUGUGUACUUUGUGUCGAGAGUUUUGAUUCCUCGUGUGGUACUCAACAUCUUCUACGUAGAUAGUAAGCUGAGCACAGGAGCAAGAAUCGGUGCAUCGCUAUCCUGCUUCUUCAAAUCAGAUAUAAGAUGCAGUAGAACGCUCAUCUUGCACACCGCAGCUAUAGUUACAAAACUUCACUAUCCAAAGAUCUAUCUCCAAAAUUUCAGGUCCAAUAUAUCUCAACAUGCACUUGACUACCCUUGCUGGCCUUUGCGUCCUCUCGUCCUCCGGCUUACUUGUUGUAGCCAACAACUGCUACGGACCGUACAACUGGUGUGGAUGGGACCUAAUGAAAGCUGGAAAUUACGAAGGAUACAUCAAACAGCAGCUGCGCUCAGCCGCCAUGCCUACCGACGAUUUUACGGUCAAGAAUAGCUUGUUCUUCUGCCACCCCGAUAACUCAGGCGAAGCCGAUUUCAUCGGCACAUGUCCGAAUGGGUGUGUAUAUGGUGGAGGGAAGAACACAAACGAUAGGUGCGCCUGA